CAGUCUUUAAAUAUCAUGUUGUGUUGGUCUUUUAUUAUCGCCAAAAUAUUUGGGGAAAAGAUGUCAUAACGCCUUUUAGGUUAGUUGGAAUUGGAAAAAAAGGGACUAAAAAAACUUUCCACGUUUCCUAAUGACAUUGAAGAAUGUGGGGCGUUCGGACGGUUAGCUAUAGCAUCAAUGCACCAGCGUCGUAAACAACAGGGGAGCUGCUGUUAACACUUGCUGGCUUCUUAAUAUUAAUUUUUAUGUGAACAUUACAAAAAAAAUACACUUUACACUGGAUUCUCCUUAUUAAUAAGUCUUUUGGACAUGCCAGAAGACGAUACGUAUUCCAAAUAAAAGGCACGGCGCAAAGAUUGCGUCCAGUGUGUGACUAUGGAUCCGAGCUCCAGUGCUUCUACUGUUCCAGCAGCUUUGACUGUGCAAGUGUGUUUCCCUUCUGCCCGUGCUGCUGUUCUGGACAACCUGAAUCACCAACGAGAGGAGGGCCGGCUGUGUGACCUCUCCAUCCACGUGCAAGGCAAAGUGUUUCGGGCCCACCGCUGUGUGCUGGCUGCAUCCUCGCCUUACUUCCAUGACCAGGUGUUACUGAAGAAUGUGACAACAGUUUCCCUUCCGUCAGUCAUGGACCCAGUCGCGUUUGAGAGCGUGCUAAGUUCGGCGUACACGGGCCAGCUGAGCAUUGUUCACGAUGACAUCGUCAACUACGUCACCGUAGCCAGCUUCCUCCAGAUGUGGCACAUCGUAGACAAAUGCACCGAGAUCCUAAAAAGACCUCGGCCGUCGGCAGAGAUAACCGCAGCGGACGCGGUUCAUGCCGGCGGCGCAUCGAGACAGCAGUCACCGAGCAGCACUGACUGUUUGUAUCUAGAGAGAGAGGGGAGGAGGAAAGAGGCUAAACCUGACGCCUUGCCUCCUUUGGCUACUUGGAGGCGCCCGCAGCAAUUUUCAAGAUGGGGGAGCUCACGGCCCUCGCCAGCGCAGCACUUGGCCGACUCCCAGCUGGAUGCCCUCCCAUACGCAGAGAACGAUUACAUCUGCUGCGAAGAGACUUGCGAUGGCAAAAGUGGCCAUUUCGCCCACGGUAGUCCCAGUGCAGAAAUACUGAAGCAGAAACUCCGGUGUCAGCCUCGAGGAGCUUUGCAGAGUGUUGACAGACACAAUGAAAAGAAUACUAGCGGUGAGGACGGUGGAACACUGCAGAGGAAGAAGAAUGAGAAACGAGAGCUCGAGGCUGAUGAAGGAAUUGCAGACGAGGCAGUGGAGAAGAAGGAGGGAUUUGCACAAAUGGGAGACUUGCAGCCCAUGUUAGUGGAGCAUGACGAGUCAAGACGAGCCACGGUCAAGGUGAGUUUGGCGGGCGUGCGAGAUAAAGCGCAGAUGUUAUCCAGUGUCCCGCCGUGCCAUAAAGCCGAAAGCCCUUUGGGAGAACCCUGUGCCGUUUUAGCCCGAGUGCAGUGGCAAACGGGUCCCUGGUCUCAUCAAGAGCCCAGACCACAGGAGGGGGAGAUGGUCGGUAAAGCUGAGGAGGGAUUUCAUUGUCAAACAGAGGGCAAAUUUAACUCAGACACUUAUGAUGAAAUCGAAGAUGGAACGGGUCAGGUUUCCCAGAGGCCUCUGGUGCCUGCGUCGCCCGACUUCACCAUGGCUGCCUCGGAAGGAGGCUGGCCCCCCACCAGCAUCGCGCCGAGCGGUUCGUCGUUAACCCUCCCCCCCGGUCGUCAUUUGCCCCCCAUUUCCGCCAACCUGCCGCCACCCACGUCGCCCCCAACGCCGUCGUCGUCGUCAUCCUCGGUAACCAUGGCGAGCGCUCCCUACUCGGGCAAAGUCCACUUUUGCCACUGCGGCAAAGCUUUUACGCUGAAGAGCAUGCGCGACCGCCACGUGAAGAUGCAGCACCUCAACCUGCGUCCGUUCGGCUGCCCCGUCUGCAACAAGUCCUUCAAGAUGAAACAUCAUCUCACCAAGCACCUGAAGACCCACGGAGGACUGCGGCCGUACGAGUGCGGCGUGUGCGGGAAGAAGGUCAUCUGGAGAGACAGCUUCCUGAGGCACCAGGCCAGAUGCGAGAGGAUCGCUUCGUCCGAUAACAACACGGGCUCGGCUCGGCCCGACAUGGACAACGGCUACGGUUACGCAUACGACGGCGGCGGCAAUGCUUUCCUGUCAAUGGGAGGACAAGUGAAAGUGGAGGAGGCGGAUUUCCACGGGGAAAUGGAGGAUGGGAUGAGCGGGUUGCUGGGAAGCGUGUCCGGGAUUGUGGACGAACUAAGAACUCAACAUUUGGACACGAGUGCUCAUGUUUACAAAGAGGAGGCGGGAGAGAGCUUUGGGGAAACAAAGUAGUUUUAAAUUGGGUCUACAAUUAAAAACUGCGUUGUUUCAUAAGAUAAUGUAAAUGAUCAUCGCUAACCAUUAUUUAUGAAAACAUUCUUUGACAGUGGCAUAAAAUGUUCACUCUCUGGGCACUUCAUUAGGUACACCUUCACAGUAUAGAUCCAAUACAACUGUGGUAUAAAAUACCCAGGUCAAAGAGCACCUUAGAAAAAGGCUGGUCGUACUAUAUUUGUCCAAAAGACAAUCUUUGCAUUUACCCUUUGUGUUUUUCUAUGGGCUCUCUUAAUAUUGUGCCUAAUGUUGUGGCCGUUGAGUGUGUAAAAAUUGCUCAUUACCAAUUACAGUAAACUCUUAAUUGUAGAAUUACACUUUACUGUGCCUUUGCAUUAAAACUGUUAGUGUACUGUUUUUGCGUGAUAUUCUGUAGACGGAGUCGUUCGGAGCUCCCGAUUCCUUGCAGAGAUUAAAAAUUCCUCUGAGUGUUAUGUUCUCUAUUUGCAUACGUUGCUCAAUAGUUGUGUUCAAAUAUGGAUUGUUUGAAAGGUCACAACACCGCCACCACGCCUAUGCUAUUCGUUAGCCUGUCUGGGGUUUCCCGUGAUUUGCUUGCAGACUUAAAGGCACAAUUAUGUGGUUUGGUUGUGAAGUGAGCUGAGUCCAUAUCAGAUUUAAAUAUGUGUACCAAUAAUGUUUAAAUGCAAGAGUGUAGAAACAACAGACAGUUGUAAGACUGAACAACAUUUAAUAUAAUGCAAUUGAAUUAGUAUAUAUGAGCAAAGUUGUGUUUAUAUUUUAGUUUAGUUUAUAAAUGAAAGUGUUAAUUUCUAACUGUGACCCGUUAGCACAUCGAACAUCUCAAAAUGAUAAUAUUCACAAGAAAGACUAAACACAUGACUUCCUGAUCACUAAACUCAAACAUGUUGUUUUCUUCCACCUAAAACCUUUGAGCCACUUGCAAACGGACCAUCGGAUCGACAAACCUUUCUUUUUUUUUUGACGCAAACCACACAAAACGUUACGUCCUCCAAUGUAAUAAAUAGUAUGCAUACCACCAAAUCAUUUGUGAUUAGUCAGUGCAAUUCAAAAGGGCACGUUCACUCGAUCAAUUCAUCUGUACACGAUUAAUCUUUGAGGUGUAACAGUUAAAAGUUGAAACAUAUUUGGACAAUUUUGUAGAAAGCUGUGAGGCACACAAAGCAUCACUCGUACAAAAAAAAAAAAAAGCCAGA